AUGGCCAUGAAAAGAGUUUUUGAGUGUUUCAUCUGUGGGGUUCGUUAUGAGAUGAAGAUGAUGAAUGAGAAGAAUGUUGAGAGUUUCUCCUGGAAGGAGAUGGGUGGUGUGGGUGCAAGUGAUGUUGCCAAGCUUUUGCAACCAACCAAGCCGUCUUUGGUUGAAGAAGUGGAGGAAGGGAAGCUUAGAGUCUUCGAUGGGAAGUACAAGCAUGAUUUUGUGAUGGAAAAGUGGAGAUACAAGUACAUUAGGGAUUUGAACCUCUUUGUGUAUGAAUUUUCUUGGGGGUGUUUUCAAAAGAUGGAAGAAGUUUCAUUCAUGUUUCCCCUCAUAGUCAUGUAUAGAACCUAUUAA